GUUUCCGAAACAGUGCUACCUACUCUAUUGAAAAAUUUGGAGGGAGGUUGUGGUCGAUAUCUCUAUCUUCACCUCCAAGCUUUACAAAAUUGGGCGGAAAACCCUUUACUUUACAGAUAAUUGAAGAAAAUUUUGGGCCGACUACUUUCGGAGUCUUGAGCAGAAACUUGGAUGGGCUUUAAGUCCCUAAAGGAAAUUUCUGAAAUAAAAAAUACUCAGAUUUACUUUAUUUCCAGGGCGGAAAGAAACCGCAGCAAAAGUGCAAAACCCUAACAAAGCAAAGCCCUUAGAGCAAAAACCCUGAAACAUGCUAAGUUGUAGGGGAAGCUUACUGUCUCAAACCAUAAAAAGAAAAACUCAGAACAAACCCAAAAACAAAACUAAAUUGAAAACUAACAAAAAUGUUUCUAGAACACGAGAUUUCAUUCCCAAAAACAUGCAUCUCGAAGAUAAUGAAGAAGAAGUAGGAUUCAACCUCAAAUCCUCAGCUCCUUCUCAUUCUCAUUGGGUUCAACCGUUGGGAAACCUUUACUUCAACCCAGGCGCUCUCAACUCAAGAAACAUCGGCUUAGGUAAUCUCCAAAUCCUGUCUGACGAGCUUGUUCUUGAGAUUUUAGGCCUUUUGGAAGGUACCCAGUUAGGUGUUUUAGCUACUGUUAGCAAAUCAUUUUAUGUUUUCACUAGCCAUGAACCCCUUUGGAGGAAUCUUGUAUUGGAUAACCUGAAAGGACGAUUUUUUUAUAAUCGGUCAUGGAAAGUUACUUACAUAUCUACAUUUCAUCCUUCAUUUGAUGUUUCAAGGAUUGCCCGUUCUUCGGGUUUGAGAGUAAGGGAUUUUUAUUCUGACUAUUUGUUUCAGAGUUGGCUGUGUGCUAAUCUUGAAAUGAAACCUGAAUGGCUUGAAAGAGAUAAUAUAAUUCGAAAAAGAGGGAUUAGUGUUGAUGAUUUUGUGACAAACUUCGAAGAACCUAAUAAGCCGGUUUUGUUGGAAGGGUGCAUGGAUAAUUGGGAUGCAUUGGGAAAGUGGGAUAGAGAUUAUUUGGUUAAUUUAUGUGGCGAUGCUCAGUUUGCAGUUGGACCAGUUAAGAUGAGGCUAGAUGAUUAUUUUAGCUAUGCAGAUCAAGUAAAAGAAGAGAGGCCAUUGUACUUAUUUGAUCCAAAAUUUGCAGAAAAAAUUCCAACUUUAGGCUCAGAGUACGAUGUUCCAGUGUACUUCAGAGAGGAUUUGUUUAGCGUUUUGGGUAAUCGGAGGCCAGAUUAUAGGUGGAUUAUAAUUGGACCAGCCGGGUCUGGGUCAUCCUUCCAUAUUGAUCCUAAUUCAACAUCUGCCUGGAAUGCGGUGAUUAGAGGAUCUAAGAAAUGGAUUUUAUUCCCACCUGAUGUGGUUCCACCUGGGGUGCACCCGAGCCCAGAUGGAGCAGAAGUGGCAUGUCCUGUUUCUAUAAUUGAGUGGUUCAUGAAUUUUUAUGAUGCAACAAAGGAUUGGAAAAAGAGACCUAUUGAGUGUAUUUGUAAGGCUGGAGAAGUGAUCUUUGUGCCAAAUGGAUGGUGGCAUCUAGUGAUUAACCUCGAAGAAUCUGUUGCCAUUACACAGAACUAUGUUAGCAGGAGAAAUUUAUUGAACGUUUUCGAUUUUCUUAAGAAGCCGAAUGCUAGCGAGCUUGUUUCUGGGACAACAGACAGAAUAAACUUGUAUGAAAAUUUUAAGAAUGCUAUAGAGGCUUCUUUCCCUGGAACAAUUGAUGGACUGAGACUGAAAGCAAAGCAGAAAAAAAUGUCUUUCUGGGAUUCAGUGAUUGAUUCCAAGGUGGGUGCCUUCAAGUUCUAUUUCUAAUGCUAGACCUGUCUGUAAAAGCCGUCGGAAAUGGUCACCCGUGAAGGCCACUGAAGAACAACUAAAGACCAGACCCAACAACUCUUUUCAUUGCCUGCCAUUGGUAUCAUUAUAUUCAAAACAGAGAAUCGAUUCUUCUAAAGUAAAGAAAUUCAUUAUGUUUUAGUUCUGUGCAUUAAAAUAAAACAUGUGCUCAAUAAGCCCUUAUAAACUUGGACGAUUAUCACAA